GUUUAUGUUGCGCAACAACUCGUCUAGACGCGCAAAGUUAUUUUUAGACGGUUGCGCGUUUGCUACCAACGCGUUGGAUUUAGUGAAUGUGUGCACACAACGUACCACGGCCAUUCAUAAUAUCAGCGCUGAUCACCACAUACCCCGAUGGAGCGUUGGCCGGCUUUGAUGAACGUUGUCCCGGUCAGCUGAUGCGGGUGUUUCUGCCCCUGCAGCUCGCUCCGGUGCAGCUUCACUCAACCAUCGGCAACUCCAAACAUUUUGCCCACCUCACACCCGUGGUUUCCAAACGAACUCCGUUAAUCCACAGUGUAACAGAUCCACGUCGUCUCGAUGAAUGGUUGUCCAAAUCGAAGCGGUUUUCGACCUAAAGUGUACUAGUCCUAAACGAAGUCUAGUACUGGUUACUAAUAAGGCGGAUGGGUUUAGACGUGCGCCCUGUGCGCUCGAACACAGCAAAAACGGAGAGUUCUUUGUUACAAUUAAUCUGUAUGUUUAUUUUACAUGCAAAUAUCAUAUAGCGGCAAACUUUUGCUCAUAAUACAUUUACCCAAAAUAACAAACCGCAUUGCUCACCACAAAGGCACACUGGCACAGUCGAAAACUGUUUGCUUCCCAAAUUAGCAACACCUGUGUCUGGGAUUCCUGCAGGUUAAAUGGCCCACCUGGGCUGAUCCGAGGUCAGCUGAGCCACAAAGCACAUACAGCCCCCUAGUGGCACAGAGCAAAAUAAAGUAUAAUAAUUUAAAUGAGUUUUAUGAAGUUACUGACAUGGUCGGUGAGGAUGGGAGGAAUCUGACCUUUCUUUAUAAACAUUUGCACCUUAAUGAUAACUGUCGUGUUUUUAUUCCUUAUUUAAAAAAGACCAUUCAAGCAGCAUGUGUUUGAGAAUGUACUGUAGGGGUGAACGCUGCAGCUGCUGCUAGUGUGGAGUGAAUGGACAGCAACAUUAAAGCAACAAUCCCCUCAAUGCUAAUGUAAACCCUGGUUGGAUAAGGAUUCAAAAUUGGAUAUGAAGAUUAAAUCUGAUGCAUAGCUUCAGUGUUAAAACUGAUAAAAUAAUUGCUGUCUGUGGUUCUGGGCUGUGGCAAUAAUUUUGAAAAAUAAUAGCAUUGCACUUGCUAGCACAUAAUUGCAGCAACAUAUGGAAAAAAAGAACUGAACUAGUCGGAACUGUGAACUUAGUUCAAAUAUUUUGAAGUUUGAACUAUGAACUGAACUAGUUCAUUUUAAAAUGUGUGAACUGAACUAUGAACUAGUUCAUGUAGAAAGUGAACUUUCUCAACACUGAAGCCGUGUGUAGCUUUAGCUGUAGCUGAUAACAAAGAGUAGUUCUAAAGCUUUCAGUAGAAGCGCAGCCUCUUUGAUGAGUCAGGACAAUUGUUGGGGUGAUUCAACACUGCACACUUAGUCCUCAGAACAGGAUGUGACCAACACGGCAAUGGCACUGACUCACACAUGCACACCACAGUGACGCUUCAGCAGCAAGACCAACGUGAUUCAGCUACAAGUUGGUUCAAAGCACACAGAGCUGAAGUACAGCCACGUUUACCUAAAGAGAAAGAAGUUGUGUAGUCAUAACCAUAUAAAGAUGAACCUUGUUUUAACACACACACAUAUACAUUUUGCCACUUCAUAUUACACAAAGGUUUAUGGGGACUUACGUGGGGAUCGCAAUGUCAGUUCACCACUUACAAAAAAUUAGUAACUUUACAAAGUGUGUAUUCUAAUCUUGGAGGCAGAAUUCCACUGGUUGGAACAUUAAACUAGCGACUCUUCCAAUAGAACAAAAUAGACAAAAUAGAACUCUGCCAAAAUAGAACUCUGCUGCCGUCAUGUGGCAGAGAGCAUAACUUACACCCCGCCACAGCUAUCACACAAGCUCUAUAGUUGGGGUGUCCAUGGCAACAGUAUUCUGUUGCAGGUGACAACAGAGCAGAGGAGCUGUUGGGAGGACGACAGGGCGAACAUGAACAGCCUCUUGUCCGGGGAUGUCCAGGUGAAGAGCAUGGAGCAGACAGUGAAGUAUGCUGAGCAGCACCUGGGUGAGAUCUGCUCCCUGAUGGCCUCCUACACCAGGAAAACAGCCAAGCUCAGAGACAAGGCAGAUCUGCUGGUGGCUCAGGUCUUUGACUUCUCCAGCAGAGAGGGCACUGGGGUCCAGAUUGGCCUGAAAAACAUAGCUGAAGACCUGGCAAUGGUUCAGGACUACAGGCAGGCUCAGGUGGAAAGGCUGGAGACGCAAGUUGUUGCCCCCUUAAAAGCCUAUGGAGACAUUGUUAAAAACAAAAGGGCAGAUCUAAAGAAGCACAGCGUUGAUGUGAAAAAAGAGCUGAAGGAGUUGCAGAAAUUGGAAAGAAUUCAACUGAGGAACCCUGCAGAUCGACAGAGCAUUUCUCAGGCAGAAGUAAAUGCUCAGAAGGCUUCCACCAAUGCCCAGCGCAGUAUCAGACAGCUGGAGGAGACCAUCGAAGACUUCCAGAGACAGAAACUGGAGGAUGUCAAAAGGAUUUUCACAGACUUCAUUACAUUGGAGAUGGUCUUCCAUGCUAAAGCGCUGGAGAUCUAUACACAUAUGUACCACAACCUGGAGGCAAUUAACACUCAAAGGGUUCUGGAGUGUUUGUUUUGCAGUACCUUACAAUGCCAGAGAGGCAUGAAAGAAGAGGAGGAGGAGGAGGAAGUGGAGGAAAAAGAAGAGAAAGAUUUUUCUAGAUCAGUGACAGCAGAAGGUCAUCUCAUCAGCAGCCCGUCCUAUACGGCUCGACGUGACCAGUUGCGCAGAUGGUAAACAGCAUUGAAUCAUGAGCUACCAACAGCAGAACCAAUCAUUGUUAUCCCCCAGGUGCAUUACUUUACUACAAUAUUAAUCAUGUAAAUCUGACCACAAUUACAUUUUAGUUUGUGUCAGUUAUUUGAUUUAAAAAAGGCAUUACAAAAUAAACCCAGAAUGAACAAUUAAAAAAAUUCAAUAUUUUUCAUCAAAGAUGUAAUUAACAACACUUUUUUUCAUAGGAGACUAAGACUAACUUUGUAACUGACUUUAGAGGAGUAUUCCUUUUACACAGUAGUGGUCAAAUAUUUAUGUUAAAUCUCAAAAAAAUUAAAUUAAAAAUGUAAAAUAAAAAUAAUUGUAAAUUAAUCAAAUAUUAAACUAAAGCUACCUGCCACUGCCAGGGAAUUAAACACAAGGUACCCUCCACAAUCAAAAAAUGAUUACACUCAAUUUAACAUUUAGAAAUCAGUUUUCUUAAACAUGUUUCUUUUAUCUGGGAGCAGCAUAACCAGUUUAUCUGAAGAGUCCCCUAAAUGCUAAACAGAAAACAGAAUCACUGCAGGAUGCUAAUAACUUUGUUGGUUUUAACUGUGUUGUGGAAGAGGUAAUAAAAGAGUUUGCCACCUUU